GCGUGGCCUACGUGGGGGCGUGACCUCGGAAGGCAGCAAGGGAGGGGGCGGGGUUCUUUCGAGCCGAGGCACCUGAGGAGCCAAGAUGGCGGCGGGUAAUGAGGAACGGCUUUGGCUGAAGGAAGAUCUUGAGUCCAAAGCGCUUCUCUCAUUUAGCUUCUUCUAGAGCAGAGAGACUAGAAAACCAACACCUACAGGAGUCAAGAAAGUAGCAUCAUGGCAGGCAACCCUUCCCACCCCUACAGCUAUAAUAUUAAAAUCACUGUUUUAAAUAAUUCAGUUUCUAGGAGCAGCAGUCCCUUGGGAGAGACUGAAGAGAGGGAACAACCAGAGAGGAAGAGAGGCUGUUACACGCAGGGCAGCGGUUCAUCCCCUCCUCACCGAUCCUCCAUAAGCAAUGGAAUCGCAUCUUUUCCUUUUGCUUCCUCAACCGCCAGUGAUGACAGCGAUAUAGAUGACUCCCUGCUGGAUAGCCCUGGUGGGGGAAAUCCGGACUCCCCCACUGGCCUCUCCCGUGAAGAUGAGGAUAGACUCUUGUUUGAUAAUUUGGUGGAUGAUCUGGAGACAUCUUCAGAUGAAGUCCGACUGGGACUCGGUUUCCAGAGAGUGGAAAGUAGCGAGGGUUUUGCAUCUCUUAAAUUCAGACAGCUUCCCAAGGCUCUAAAGGGGGCUGUAAGCACAGAGCCAUCUCGUCCAACUGUCCGUUCUUUCCAUGAGGAGCGCUUUGGGCCUCCUGGGGGUGGGAGCGACCUGAGCAAGGAGGACUCCCAAGCUGGAUCUGGCUUGGGUUGUGGCAGACCUUUGCUUCCAGAUGCUGUGCGAGUUGCAGAUGCACUUUUGAAUCUGCAGAAAGAGGGUGAUUUAUCUGGGAGACGAGAGAAGGGAGCAGCUCAGACAGUGGAAGAGGAGAGUGGGCAAGAGGAAGGACCCUCCAAGAGUCAGGCUUCCGUAAACGAACUUUUGCUCAGGGGGAAAAGGACAAGCAGUGUCCUGCAGUCCACUGAAGGAGCGUCACAUUCUUCCAGCUCACAGUGCAAGGGAGCACCGUCCACGUCCAGUUCUGUUGGUGAUCAAAGAAAGAUUUGCAUAGAAAAUCCUCCUGCGCCAGAACCAAAGAGGCCUAGACGUGUCUACAUCGAAGAGAAAGACCUUGAGGAGCGGAAGGAGAAAUACAUCCGCGCUGUCCUUGCCCACGCUCGCAGCAGGCCAGUCAUAAGUGAAGUGAAUGAGCUGCAUGCACUGAUCCAAUGCGUUGCUUCUGAAAACCAGGAAUACAGACGCCAGCACACGACUGACCUGACUGAGAGGAACUACGUGUGGCGCAGCAACAGGACGAACCAGAAGUUCAGCCUUCCCGAAUGGGUCGAGAAAAACGGCCGGAAGGUCUGUCGGUUUGCGACAGUUCCUGAUCGUUUCCAGCGCUGCCCUGUCCCAAGCUAGAACAAACCUUCCAACUCAGUAGGGAAGCUCUGGCUUCACCCUGCACUUUGAACAUUGCUGACAGUUCAUUUUACUGAUCUAUUUUAUGUUAUAUUAUAUUGUGUUAUAUUAUUUUAUGUUAUUUUAUUUUAAAAUUUAAAGCCAAUUUACUGGUGUAUGUUUGUUUUUUCCCUUAUGCAAAUAUAUGUGCCCCUUUAGGCUUGAACUUCAUUGCAGCCCAAAUGUCCUUGGAAUUUCAAGCUUUAGUGGGUCUGUUUGGUUUUGCGCCAUGAUCUCUUUUAUAAACGUGUUGUGCCUUUUGAA